UUUUCAUUUUUUUUAGCAAAAAUAACUAUUGAGUAACUGGGUAAGUUGUAGGUACCUCGUUAACCAAUAACUACUGUCAAGUAAUUUCAUUUGUGUCUAGUAGUUUGUACCUAACUUAUUUAACUUCUUGGUUACUUACUGUUAUCCUCUAAACUAAACCAUAAAUUUUAAUUUACCUUAUCAACUUUUCCCAUACUAUUUUGUGGAUUAAUUUCGCAUCAUGUGCAAAACAUAAAGAUAUUAGUACUGUGAGAUAUGAUAGAAAUAUAUUCAAUUUUCAAAGUAUAGAAACUAUCUGUUUUAUACAUCUGCCAUGGACGAAGAACUUAACAGUGAAUCUGAGAAGAGCUCCAGAGCUCCCGCUGAAAAUAAAGAAAAAAUUGAGAUACUAUUGAAAGCAACUGGUAAUGCACCAAUUCUCAAAACAAAAAAAUGGAUGGUUGAAAAAGAAAAGACAGUAGCAUCUAUUAAUGAUUUCUUACGGAAACUAUUAAAACUAGAACCAUCUGAUAGUUUGUUCAUAUAUGUGAAUCAAGCAUUUGCGCCACCACCUGAUCAGACAAUGAAAAAUUUAUAUGACUGUUACAACACAGAUGGUCGGCUUAUAUUACAUUAUUGUAAAACCCAAGCUUGGGGAUAAGAUACUAAGAUCAUAUUACAUUUUGUUUCUUAGUAAUCAAAAAUGUUUUAAUUUGUAUUUAUUUUAAGCUUUUGUACUUAUAAAAUUGUUUUUAUUAAUAAAUAUGUAUAGUGUGUAUAUAUAAAAAAAAUACUACAAUUAUUUAAAUCUGAAUCUAUUAUACUCAAUUGGUCCAAAUUAAAUAUUGAAGUAUUGUGUACUAUCGUAAAUUACUUAUUAUUUUGUAUUACUGCAGCCUGCAGGUAUAAAUAAUUUUAUCUAUUUAAUUAUUAUAUUUAAAAAAAUACUUGUUAUAUAUUAUGUAUUCCAGAAUAAGCCAGAGUUAUUAAUGUCAUUAAUCUGUAUGCAAGCUUCAAAGAGGAAGACUGAAACUUUACAUAUUGAGUAUAGUGUAUUAAAGUUUAAACUCCAUUGUAUAGAAUAUAGAUUAUAGGUUUCAACCAAUAUUUGUAUAUUGUCAGUGCCGGAUUUAACCAUUGUGCCGCUUUAAGCACUAAAUAAUUAUAGUUAAUCUAGUCUAAAAAAUGUUAUUAGAGCAUACAAUUAUAGU